AUGGAAAAAUUGUCCAUCUGGUUGGGCUGGGCAAUUUCAAGGGAAAGAGAAGGUGCCCACAAUAGUCUUGGAGGCUGCUGCUUGACAAGAUUUGUGGAUAUGGCAUGCCUAUUUUGGCUUACCUGGCUCAAACAACAACAUCAAUGUGCUGGAUACCUCGCCUCUCUUCAAAAGCCUCCUCAAUGGAGAGGCUCCCAAGUGUGA